AUGGCGGGCAAGGAGGAUGUUAAGCUCCUCGGCCUGCCGCUGAGCCCGUUCGUGGUCUGCGUGCGCAUGGCGCUGCACAUGAAAGGAGUGAGUUACGAGUACCUCGAGGAGGACCUAAACAACAAGAGUGAGCUGCUCCUCAAGUCCAACCCGUACGUCGACGAGCUGUUCGCUGGCCGGUCAAUCCUCCCAACCGACCCCUACGAGCGCGCCACCGCUCGCUUCUGGGCAGCCUUCGCCGGCGACAAGGUGCCUUUCUCGCAGUUGUUCCCGGCGUGGUACGGCGUGGUGACGGCCCAGGCGGAGGAGGAGAGGGCGGAGAAGGUGAAGGAGACGCUUGCCGCGAUCGAGCGCAUGGAAGUGGCCUUUGCCAAGUGCUCCGGCGGCGGCAACGCCUUCUUCGGCGGCGACUCCAUUGGCUACGUCGACAUCGUGCUCGGCUCCUUGUUCUGGUUCGAGGCGGUGCGCAGGGUUUACGGCCUGGAGAUCAUUAGCGCGAGCAAGACUCCGCUCUUGGCUGCGUGGGCGGAGCGGUUUGGAGGGAGCGUAGAGGCGAAGGAGGCGGUGCCGGUAACCAAGGCGGACAUGGCGGUACAGUAUAUCAAUAAGUUUCGUGCCCCUGCCGCCGGCGCUGCGAAGUUAGCGAGUUCAGAAUGA